AAAAAAAACACACACACCCCACACAUAAUAUAACACACACUUCCUCAUAGCCCAUCCAUAUUUCAUUAUUUUCAUAUCAACUUUUCCGGCAAAAAAGAUUUGAAAUAUUUCUUUUUUUUUUAAAUUUAGAAAAAUGAAUCAAAUUAGCAGAAAAAAAUGGGGAUUAAACCUGAAGAGAACAAUCAUAUGGCGGGUGGCGUUUCUUCGGCGAUGUGUUCGAUCUCUGUGGCACCAAAUUCUGACGUGUUGGAUGGGGAAAUCUGUCCGGUACCGGCAAUUGUUGAAUUCUGGUUCCGGGCAAUUGAUACCGACGUCUAGUCGGUAUCUUUUGCCGGCGGAGAGGGCAACCGCGGUCGAUAUGGCUGCUGUGUCAGCCUCUAGUAGUGAUCGGUUUGCUUCCGGUGAAAUGACGUCAUCUUUUGGUGGUGAUGGUUGUGAUCAUGAUGCUUCUGAUUUGGUAGCUUUGAAGAUUUGUUUGUUGGGUGAUCAACAAAUCGGCAAAACCAGCUUUUUGGCAAAAUAUGUGGGGAAAGAAAAAAAUCAAGAAGAAUCAUCAACUAAAAAAAUAGAUCAUAUGGAUAAAACCCUAUGUGUCAAAGGAGCCAGAAUCUCAUAUAACAUAUGGGAAGUUAGUGGUGAUGCAUUAUAUCCAGAUGGUGAUUCAAGGACUCUGAUUCCUACAGCUUGUAAGGACUCUGUAGCGAUCUUGUUCAUGUUUGAUCUAACAAGUCGUCGGACGCUUAACAGUGUUAUCAAUUGGCAUCAACAAGCUAGGAAUUAUAAUCAGACCGCGAUUCCAGUAAUGGUCGGGAGCAAAUUUGAUGAGUUUGUCCAGCUUCCGUUAGAUUUACAAUGGACGAUCACAAGUGAGGCAAGAGCGUACGCGAAAGCUAUAAACGCGCCCUUAUUCUUCUCGAGUGCGUCUUACAACAUAAAUGUAAAUAAAAUCUUCAAGUUUGUUACUGCAAAGCUCUUUGAUUUGUCAUGGACCCUGGAACGUAAUCUUACAGUUGGUGAACCUAUUAUUGAUUUCUAGUGUGAGUUUUUGCUAAGCAUUGAUUCACACCCUCCUUCGCAUUCACGUUUAUGAUGUAAAUAUUAGAAAAGAAAUAUGUAAUGAUCGGGAGGAAGUGGUCGUAGGAUCAAUAUCACAUCUUUGGGAAUCGUUUUCUAGGGGUUUUUAAUCUGUAUUUAUAUUUUGUUGUUCACUUGAUUUUGAUUUUGAUUUUGAUUUUGAGUGUAUUGUGGACACCUUGGUGGAGGUAUCUAGGCUUCCCCGUAUUCAUGUAAACCUGUCUUUUAUUUCUCAAUGGAUUGCUUACAACCCAUAGUAGCUCGUUGAGAUACUUUUAUCUA